AUGAAGUUAGAUGAGAUCAAUAUGCAAGCGAGCGAAGUACCAUGGCCGCCACGGUUGCUGAGUUGUAUAUUCACUAUUAUUCUUAUAGUCGCCGUCAUCGCACCCACCUCAGAUUCGACCACUGUUCGAAGAAGACUCCGCAAGCCGUCCAAGUCCGUCUCCGUCACAUCUUCGGUGUCCAGGUCGACCGACCAGGUCAUAUCGGCCAGCGUGAACCGACCCAAGAUCAGGGGCCGACCGAGCGUGGCCAGCAGGAAGUCUUCCGCUGCGUUAGACAACUCUGUCGGCACUGACGACCAUAAGGACAAAGAUGGGUACAAGGUCGACCGACCAGGUCAUAUCGGCCAGCGUGAACCGACCCAAGAUCAGGGGCCGACCGAGCGUGGCCAGCAGGAAGUCUUCCGCUGCGUUAGACAACUCUUUGAUGUCACAUCGUCGGUGUCCAGGUCGACCGACCAGGUCAUAUCGGCCAGCGUGAACCGACCCAAGAUCAGGGGCCGACCGAGCGUGGCCAGCAGAAAGUCUUCCGCUGCGUUGGACAACUCUGUCGGCACUGACGACCAUAAGGACAAAGAUGGGUACAAGAUCGUCUGCUACUACACCAACUGGUCGCAAUACCGAACCAAGAUCGGCAAGUUCAUGCCCGAGGACAUCCAGCCCGAACUCUGCACCCACAUCAUCUUCGCCUUCGGCUGGCUGAAGAAGGGCAAGCUCAGCUCCUUCGAGUCCAACGAUGAGACCAAGGAUGGCAAGACCGGGUUGUACGACAGAAUCAACGCGUUGAAGAAGGCCAACCCUAAACUGAAAACUUUGUUGGCUAUUGGUGGCUGGUCAUUCGGCACCCAGAAGUUCAAGGAGAUGUCAGCGACCCGCUAUGCACGUCAGACCUUCAUCUACUCUGCCAUCCCCUACCUGAGGGACAGGAAUUUCGACGGUCUGGACAUCGAUUGGGAGUACCCUAAGGGCGGAGACGAUAAGAAGAACUACGUGCUGCUGUUGAAAGAACUGAGAGAAGCAUUCGAAGCAGAAGCCCAAGAAGUGAAGAAACCUCGUCUGCUGCUCACUGCUGCCGUGCCUGUGGGCCCUGACAACAUCAAGAGUGGAUACGACGUGCCUGCAGUAGCCAGUUAUCUGGACUUCAUCAACUUGAUGGCGUACGACUUCCACGGCAAAUGGGAGAGGGAGACGGGUCACAAUGCCCCCCUGUAUGCCCCCUCGUCCGACUCCGAGUGGAGGAAGCAGCUGUCGGUGGACCACGCCGCCCACCUGUGGGUCAAAUUGGGCGCCCCUAAGGAGAAGCUUAUCAUUGGGCACGUUAUAGGCAAGCUGACCCAGCAAGACAGGACUAUCAAUGUGGUUGUUCACCAAUUUAUGGAGGUGUGUGAGAUUCUUCGCAACGGUGGGGCUUACGUGUGGGACGACGAAAUGAAGGUGCCGUACGCCAUCCACGGCGACCAGUGGGUCGGUUUCGACGACGAAAAGUCCAUCAGGAACAAGAUGAGAUGGAUCAAAGACAACAGCUUCGGAGGUGCUAUGGUGUGGACGGUAGACAUGGACGACUUUAGCGGCGGCGUCUGCGGUGGAAAUGUCAAAUACCCGCUCAUUGGAGCCAUGAGAGAGGAGCUCCGAGGCAUUUCCCGUGGAAAAGACGCUAAGGACGUCGACUGGGCAUCAGUAGCUGCCAGCGUGGUCAUCGAAGUGACUGAGAAGCCACAGCCUAUCAAGAUCAGCCUUUCUGACGUGCUCAGCCGCGUCAAGAAGCCCACCAAGAAGCUGGUCAUCACCAACAACAAUAACGCUGCUAUCCUCGAUAAGAACAAACGCGAGCCCCAAGUCCUCUGCUACCUGACGUCCUGGUCGUCCAAACGGCCCAGCGCUGGGCGCUUCAUGCCCGAGAACGUGGACCCCACUCUCUGCACGCACGUCAUCUACGCCUUCGCCACCCUCAAGGACCACAAGCUGACCGAAGCUGACGAGAAGGACGCCGAUAUGUACGAUAAAGUCGUCGCCUUGAGAGAGAAGAACCCCAACUUGAAGAUCCUCUUAGCCAUCGGCGGCUGGGCUUUCGGUUCCACUCCAUUCAAAGAACUGACUUCCAACGUGUUCCGCAUGAACCAGUUCGUGUACGAAGCCAUCGAGUUCCUCAGGGACUACCAGUUCAACGGUCUGGACGUCGACUGGGAAUACCCAAGAGGAGCAGAUGACCGCGCAGCCUUCGUUUCCCUCCUCAAAGAACUACGUCUGGCAUUCGAAGGUGAAGCCAAGACCUCUGGCCAGCCAAGACUGUUGCUCACUGCUGCUGUGCCAGCCUCCUUCGAAGCCAUCGCUGCGGGAUAUGACGUGCCUGAGAUCUCUAAGUACUUGGACUUCAUCAACGUCAUGACCUACGACUUCCACGGACAAUGGGAGCGACAAGUAGGCCACAACAGCCCGCUGUUCCCGCUAGAGAGCGCUACCAGCUACCAGAAGAAACUGACUGUGGACUACUCAGCUCGCGAGUGGGUGCGCCAAGGCGCCCCCAAAGAGAAGCUGAUGAUCGGCAUGCCCACCUACGGGCGGUCCUUCACGCUCAUCAACGACACGCAGUUCGACAUCGGGGCCCCGGCUUCUGGUGGCGGUCAAGCCGGUCGCUUCACCAACGAGGCGGGCUUCAUGUCCUACUACGAAAUCUGUGAGUUCCUUCGGGAAGACAACACUACCCUCGUCUGGGACAACGAACAGAUGGUGCCUUUCGCCUACAGGGAGGACCAAUGGGUCGGAUUUGAUGACGAGAGAUCACUGAAAACUAAGAUGGCCUGGUUAAAGGAAGAAGGCUUCGGUGGUAUCAUGGUCUGGUCAGUGGACAUGGAUGACUUCCGUGGUUCCUGCGGAACUGGCAAAUACCCUCUCAUCACCGCGAUGAAGCAAGAACUCUCCGGCUACAAGGUCAAACUUGAAUACGACGGACCUUACGAGUCAUCUAGCCCUACUGGACAAUACACUACGAAAGAUCCCCACGAAGUAACUUGCGAGGAAGAAGAUGGCCACAUAUCCUACCACAAGGAUCACGCUGACUGCACCAUGUACUACAUGUGCGAAGGUGAGAGGAAACACCACAUGCCAUGCCCCUCCAACCUCGUCUUCAACCCUAACGAGAACGUCUGCGAUUGGCCUGAGAAUGUCGAAGGCUGCCAACAGCACACGCAAGCACCGGCCGCUAAACGAUAGACUUAGGUAAUGGUUUCCAUCAGAUAGGAAUUAACAAUUUUCUCUUCAUGUUUGCUUUAUUUUCAGUAAACUAUACAACCAACUCACCUUUUAUUGUAAUUUAUGGAAUAUGAUAUGACACAGAUCACAUUUAACUGAUAAAUAACGAAAUUCAAAACAGGGUUCAAAACAUCACAUUUUAUAUAGAUGACAUUAUAACUGCAAACUUGAACAGAAAUUAAUAUGAGUGUAGAUAUGUUUAUGAAUGUUAACGCUUUUCAAUCAUAUUGAGGAAUAGCUAUUAACAAAAUUUGUUAAUUUAAUCACGUUUCAAUAUCCACCACCAAUAUUUUAAGUACUUACGAGACCUCUUUAACUAAAUUACUUUAUUUAUUGGCGUUCGUUAGGUUGUCUCAGAUAGCAGACGGGAUUCGUGUGAUAUAAUGUAAAUUUUCUUGUACUUUACUCUCGACGAAAUAGGUGUAUUUUAUCUAUUGUUAAAUUAUAUUUUAGGUAAUGUAAAUUUUGGUCUCCCAAAGAUACACAAUGAUGUCAUUAUUUUCUUUAAAAGAAAAUAAAAUUGAAAAGAAAAAUUUAAUACAAAUUUCCAAAAAAUAACUUUGAAAAGACUUAAGAGAUUCAAUAAAAAGAGAGAUUCAAAGAAAAGAGUCUACAAAAUUUAAAAAGUAUUGUGUAUAUUUGGGAUUCAUUGGAUAGAUACCUAUAUUAUCUCUUAGUUCGUAAGUAGUUUUGUAAAGCUUUUUUACUCGAUUAUACUGAUAACUGAAUACUCAAAUCAGCUUGAACACUGCCUUUUAUACUGCCAAGACGGUUUUGACGAGAAAUUUGAUAAUGUUG